GGUUGAAAUGUAAAGUUGAGAAGUAAUUCUGUGCUUUGCCGGUAGCUUCACUUUUGUAUCCCGCGAACCAUGGCGGUCAGCAUACUUCAAAAGAGGUAUUUAUCAGUGAGGGGUUGGCGCUAUCGCUUAUGCUCGGGGCUCCGUAGUUAUCAACGGAGAGAACAGAUGCUUGGCACUUGACACCCACGGGCCAUUUGGGUAUACAUCAUUGCGUCACAUGGCCGUUAGCCCCGCCCAAUGAAUGCUUGCCUGCCACGUUGACAUGUUUGUAGAAGACUCAUUAGGUGCCAGGACUUCGCCUUCAGUAAGCACGAGCAGCCUGUGUUCGCUUCUAGGACCCGGUGCAGUGAUCCACGGUGAAGUUGCUGUCGCACGCGGCCCAGCGUAAGGAUCUGGGAAGGACUUGGACGGCUUCAGCGGUUGUGUUGCUGCCGAUACACUCUUCCACUGCAAUGGACAAGCGACCUUCCGUGAUCCUGCCAACGCCCAUGACCUCUAAAAAUGGCUACAACCAGAGUUAUGAAGACCUGAGAAGACGGCUGUGCAAACCGAUCAGUUCUUCCGUAAAAGGGGCCUGCAGCAGAGCACGUGAGGAACAGCACCAGCAGCAGUUCCUGUCACCCACCAUUGUCGACACCAGAUCCAUAACGCAGGAGGAAUUCAACAAGAUGGCGGCUGUCUCCACAGGAAAGGUGACAAAAGGCCGUGACAGAUCUUCGUCACAACCACGUGAAUUUCUCCAUGCCGGACAGGUAUUUCUCACCCAGAAUAAUAUGAAUACUGGGUUCGCUUUUGCUAGCUCCGCUCCAUUCCUCAAGAAUGUCUCAAGCUAUGAAAAGCAUCCGCCGGAGUCCAUUCAAGAAUCCCUGGCUUCCCUCAAGAAGGGUUUGGUUGAUUACCUCUCUAGAGCGAAAACUACCAAGGAGAAAGGUCUAACAGAGGCAGAGAGGCCUAAAGUUUCUGUAGAAGCAGCCUGGCAGUCCUGGUCACAGAAUGGCAGGGUGAGAGGGAAACCAUUUAGCUGUUCAACCAAGGGUGCAGUUGUGCCCGCAGCUACAAUCAAACCCCUACCGUCAACGGCGAGAAACGACGACGUAAUUGAAUACCAUGUUGCUUCAAAACCACAACCGUACCCCGGCCCCCGCACCAUUCACAAAAAGCCAAACGCUGAACUGGAGGAGAUAAAGCCAAUGGAUCUAUCACGGGCAGGUAAAGACAACUACAAGACACCCUGCUCAGACAACCAAGCCUCACUCAAGGAGAAGAUCCACGACUUGAAAGAAAAGAUUCUCGAAACUGAGAAAUGUCUUCAGAACAUGGAAGACGACGGUUCUGAAUUCUCCCAACAACAACAACCGAUUGAUCUGACCGUUAUCAAGAAGCCUAAGCAUGUGGACCCUACGCCCUACUCUACAACAGACCUCAUCAACAAGAAAGAAGAUUGCUUAGACAACAGUGUGAAGGCUAAGAGAAGCCUACGUGCCUCGACCAAAACCAACACCUUAGCCACCGAAAACAGCUUCCUCCAAGAUAAGAACAGGAAACGCAAAAGGAAGCGUAGUCAUACUGGGAAAGCUUCGGUGAAGUCUGAUGGUCUGACAACUCUUCCAGAUUCUCGUUCUACACCAGAGCAGGUGGCGACAACAGGAGUGCCUAUCCAAAGGAACACUAAACACAUAGGAAAUAAUGGUAUCUACAACAGCAAGGUACAGUACAAUGAGUCCAUGCAGUCUCUUGACAAAUCCGACUGCCCUACUGCGGGGAAACGCGGCCGCCUCGAUGAAAUGGUGCAAGCUCUAUCCAAAAGACUACAUGAUGCCCAUUACCCCUGGUACGGACUGGACUACCGUUAGUAUAGGCCAUUCUCGGCCUGUAUCUAAAUUCUAAAUACAAACAAUGUAUAUUUAAAACUAUUUAUUCACUUCUUUCAGAAGUAACAUUUUGUGGCACGAUUGUUGAUAGCAUAAUAUAUCACGCUAUAUAUACAUAGUAAAGUUUUGAUAUUGCGAUCAACAUGAUACCACAUUAGCGCUUCCGGCAUUAGACAAGAAUUAAACUGCACUUUAGAUUUUAACCUUUUGGCUUUGUAAUUUUUAUUUCGCACAUUAUCUCAUAGUCGGACGAUAAUAUGUAUAACCGUUUACAAUACUGAUAGCUUGACAUCUUUCAUCUGAGAAGUGAUAAGUUUUAUAUAACAGAUGAUGGUUUAGUUUUUUUAACUCUCUCAUUUCAAUGAUUCUGUCGGUAAGUGUGUCUAUGGUGAGUUAUAGAACGUUAACAGGCAAGAUCUGGGUUAUGGACAUAGACAAGAAUGCAUGGUGCCAACAUAUAUGUACAAGUAGCAUAAUAAUCAGUACUCAUUUCAAAAUCUAGAAAGAAUCUUAAUAUUGAUGAAGGCCUUUUACUGAAGAUUUCCAAAGAAGGACAUGAAAACACUGUUAAAGUCACAAACGCCAAGAAGUUGCUCAUGUACGAAUAUUGGCAAUUUCUAAGACAAGCAUUUGGAUUGUGUCACAUUGCAUUGAAAUGUGUGUCAAUUCCAGAUCACCGGUAUAGCCUUUGUAGGUACAAACCGAUAUAUGUGAGUGACCCGCCAUGCUAUCAGCUGCAGGUCUUUAACAAAGAAAGACAGCCGUUAAUUACAGUUGAUCGCACGUUAAACAGCAUAUGUGACAUUGGAGUCCAAUCUGCCUAAUGCACCAUCGUAAGCACUUAAUCACAAUUAAGACAUGCAUAUUUCAUGGGUAUGACAUUUGAGAAUAUCUAUUGUUACAGUUACAUUUUGCACGACUAAGAUAUUUGCGGCAAAAAUUUAUCGUAUGUUAUUAUUUCAGUGAUUUCGAAAAGAAAGUAUGUGAAUGGCAUUCUUAGAAUAUAAGUUGAAUUUUUUUUACAUAUCAGAUAUAUUUAGACGAUUUUUCUUUUGCUGGCAGUGUACAUGUAUACAGAUGUAGGUUGAUUGGCUCACCAUUAAGGCUUCAGCAAAGACGAAAAGAGGUCAAUUAUGACAAUAGAUUGCACACUAAUGGAAACAACAUUUCAUAAUCAUAGUUUUAUACAUGUAGUUUCUUUCAUGAUCAAGUCCAACAUGAACAGUGAUAUCUUAUCGAUGAACAUGUCACACUCAACAUCAAAUGGUUAAGGCUAUUAUAUUGUUGGGAUUUCAUUUUUCAUCUUUACUGUAAUGAUUCUAUUAUUGAUUUUGUGUCUUUAUAGUCGGCUCUUAGAAAUAGAAAGGAAUUAUUUUAUGAUGUACCAUUUAAAUAAAGAUAUUCGUCUUGUA